GCCUCUGCGACUUGAUAUCAAGAGGAAGCUCACCGCUCGGUCUGACCGAGUGAAAAGUGUUGAUUUACAUCCAACAGAGCCAUGGAUGCUGGCCAGCCUGUACAAUGGCAGUGUUUGUGUUUGGAAUCAUGAGACACAGACACUUGUAAAAACUUUUGAAGUAUGUGAUUUGCCAGUCAGAGCGGCGAAGUUUGUGGCUAGGAAAAACUGGGUCGUCACAGGAGCAGAUGACAUGCAAAUCAGAGUCUUCAACUACAAUACAUUGGAACGGGUUCACAUGUUUGAGGCUCAUUCGGACUAUAUCCGUUGUAUCGCUGUGCACCCCACACAGCCUUUCAUUCUCACCAGCAGUGAUGAUAUGAUGAUUAAACUUUGGGAUUGGGAUAAGAAAUGGUCUUGCUCUCAGGUGUUUGAAGGUCACACACACUACGUCAUGCAAAUUGUCAUCAACCCCAAGGACAACAACCAGUUUGCAAGUGCUUCACUUGACCGCACUAUUAAGGUUUGGCAGCUUGGCUCCUCUUCCCCUAACUUCACUCUCGAGGGACACGAGAAAGGGGUGAACUGCAUUGAUUAUUAUAGUGGAGGUGACAAGCCAUACCUCAUCUCUGGAGCUGAUGACAGACUUGUAAAGAUUUGGGACUACCAGAACAAGACGUGCGUCCAAACUCUGGAAGGACAUGCUCAGAAUGUUUCUUGUGUCAGUUUCCAUCCUGAACUCCCUAUUAUAAUCACAGGCUCCGAAGAUGGCACUGUUAGGAUUUGGCAUUCCAGCACUUAUCGACUUGAGAGUACUCUGAACUAUGGCAUGGAGCGAGUCUGGUGUGUGUGUGGACUCCGGGGCUCCAACAAUGUUGCUCUUGGGUAUGAUGAGGGCAGCAUCAUUGUUAAGCUGGGUCGUGAAGAGCCAGCAAUGUCUAUGGAUGCGAAUGGCAAAAUCAUCUGGGCUAAGCACUCUGAAGUGCAACAGGCUAAUCUAAAAGCCAUGGGUGAAACAGAAAUUAAGGAUGGAGAACGGCUCCCUCUCGCUGUGAAGGACAUGGGCAGCUGUGAAAUCUAUCCACAGACCAUACAACACAAUCCCAAUGGCAGGUUCGUGGUUGUGUGCGGAGAUGGAGAAUACAUUAUAUACACAGCUAUGGCGCUGAGAAACAAGAGCUUUGGAUCUGCACAAGAGUUUGUUUGGGCUCAUGACUCCUCUGAGUAUGCUAUUCGUGAAAGCAAUAGUGUAGUGAAGAUCUUCAAAAACUUCAAAGAGAAGAAAAGUUUUAAACCUGAUUUUGGUGCAGAAGGAAUCUAUGGCGGCUUUCUUCUUGGUGUCCGCUCUGUUAACGGUUUGGCCUUCUAUGACUGGGAAAAUACUGAACUUAUUCGUAGGAUAGAAAUCCAACCCAAACACAUUUUCUGGUCAGACUCUGGAGAGCUGGUCUGCAUUGCCACAGAGGAAUCCUUCUUCAUUCUCAAAUACUUGUCUGACAAAGUAGCUGCAGCACAGGAGACGCAUGAAGGAGUUUCUGAGGAUGGCAUAGAGGAUGCUUUUGAAGUUCUGGGUGAAAUUCAGGAAAUAGUAAAGACUGGCUUGUGGGUUGGAGACUGUUUUAUCUACACCAGCACAGUGAACAGACUCAACUACUACGUAGGAGGAGAAAUUGUUACCAUUGCACACUUGGACAGGACAAUGUAUUUGCUGGGUUACAUUCCCAAAGAUAAUCGUUUGUACCUGGGAGACAAAGAGCUAAACAUUGUCAGCUAUUCUCUGCUGGUGUCAGUUUGGAGUAUCAGACAGCUGUGAUGAGAAGGGAUUUCAGCAUGGCUGACAAAGUCAUUCCAACCAUCCCCAAAGAACAGAGGACACGUGUUGCCCACUUCCUGGAGAAACAGGGCUUCAAACAACAAGCCUUAGCUGUGUCCACAGACCCAGAGCAUCGCUUUGAGCUGGCGCUGCAGCUAGGAGAACUAAAGAUCGCAUAUCAGCUGGCAGUAGAGGCAGAGUCUGAACAGAAGUGGAAGCAGCUAGCUGAGUUGGCCAUCAGCAAGUGCCAGUUUGGACUGGCUCAGGAGUGUCUACACAAUGCUCAGGAUUAUGGUGGUCUCUUACUAUUAGCAACAUCUUCAGGAAAUACCACCAUGGUGAACAAGUUGGCUGAAGGUGCUGAAAGAGAUGGAAAGAACAAUGUAGCUUUCUUGAGCUACUUUCUACUAGGAAAGAUGGAUACUUGCUUGGAGCUUCUCAUUUCCACUGGUCGACUUCCUGAGGCUGCUUUCUUGGCACGUACUUACCUGCCAAGCCAAGUGUCCAGGGUGGUGAAACUAUGGAAGGAAAGUCUGUCCAAGAUCAAUCAAAAGGCAGCUGACUCCUUGGCUGACCCCACUGAGUAUGAGAAUCUUUUCCCUGGUUUACGGGAAGCCUUCCUGGGAGAACAGUUUCUAGAGCAGCAGACUAGUGCCUUGCGCCCAGCAAGUGAAUAUCGCUAUGUCACUCCAAACGAAGAAAGAAAUGUCUUGGCUGAAGCAAAGGGAUUUGUUCCUUCUGAAACGGCAAAGGAAGAGGAAACCGAGAGAGAAGUAACACCUCCCCCUGCAGCACCUGAAUCCAUAGUACCCUCUUCUGCUCCAGUUCCAGCUCCAGUUCCCACUUCAGUCCCAGUGAUACCAACAGCCACGAUCACAGAAGAGAAGGUGACUUUACAUAUAGAUGAGUAUAUUUCAUAUUAAAAAAAAAAAACAAUCUGACAACUUGUUUAAUGUGGCAGAUGUCUGCGUAAUUCUCUUACAGUCCUUUUGGCAGGUUGUUGAUCUAG